AUGCUCGCCACCGCGUGGACGUACACGCAACAGGACGCGCUUGCGUUCUAUGGUGUCGACGCCAAGACAGCCCUCCCCGAGGCCGCCCCCAACUCGAUAUGGAAACUCAUUCUGGCACAGUUUGAGGACCAGCUGGUCCUUAUCCUGUUGGGAUCGGCCGUCGUCUCGUUUGUGCUGGCGCUGUUCGAGGACCAGUCGCAGCCCGGCGCAUCGUGGAUGACAGCCUUUGUCGAGCCCCUUGUCAUCCUGUUGAUUCUUGUUGCCAACGCCGCCGUCGGCGUCAUUCAGGAGACCAAGGCCGAGAAGGCCAUCGACGCACUCAAGGAGUACUCGCCCGACGAGGCCCAUGUUCUUCGCAACGGCAAGCUGCAGCGGAUCUCGGCCUCGGAGCUCGUCCCCGGCGACAUUGUGAGCGUGCACGUCGGCGACCGCAUCCCCGCCGACUGCCGUAUUCUGUCCUUUUCGUCUAGCAGUUUCCGUGUCGACCAGGCCAUGCUCACCGGCGAGUCCAUGUCGGUUGGCAAGACCGAGGAUGCCGUCAAUGACGAAAAGGCCGUCAAGCAGGACAUGACCAACAUGCUGUUCUCGGGCACGACUGUGGUGAACGGUGCUGGCCGUGCGCUCGUUGUCCUCACUGGCGAGAAGACUGCUCUCGGUGCUAUUCACCAGAGCAUCUCCAACGAUGACGAGGACGAGAAGACUCCCCUUAAGCGCAAGCUUGACGACUUUGGAGACUCGCUCGCCAAGGUCAUCUCUGUCAUCUGUAUCCUUGUCUGGCUCGUCAACAUCCGUCACUUCAACGACCCCAGCCACCACGGCUGGCUCAAGGGCGCCAUCUACUACCUCAAGAUUGCUGUUGCGCUCGCCGUCGCAGCGAUCCCCGAGGGUCUCGCUGCCGUCAUCACUGCCUGUCUCGCACUCGGUACCAAGAAAAUGGCCAAGCGCGGCGCCAUUGUCCGUCACCUCCCAUCCGUCGAGACUCUGGGCUGCACCAACGUUAUCUGCUCGGACAAGACUGGUACCCUCACCACGAACCAGAUGUCCGUCGCUCGCUUCCUCACUGUCUCGUCUGGCUUCGGCGUCGCAGAGUACCAGGUCGGUGGUACCACCUACGCCCCUCUGGGUGAUGUCACCACCCUCGAAGGCAAGCACGGUGAACGCGCCGAGGUCCGCACUGCUCCCGUUGACAAGCUCGUCGAGAUCUGCUCUAUCUGUAACGACGCCAAGGUUUCCUACAAUGCCGAGUCGGACACGUACACCAACGUUGGCGAGCCCACCGAGGCCGCCAUGAAGGUCCUCGUUGAGAAGCUCGGCUCGGACAACCAGGCUUGGAACGAGAAGGCUCUUACCAACCUGUCGCCUGCGGACCGCGUCAUGGCUGUCAACGACCACUACGAGUCGCGCAUCCCCCGUGUCUUGACCUUUGAGUUUACCCGUGACCGCAAGUCCAUGUCCGUCCUCGCUCGCCAAGAGGCCGGCGGUCUCUCGCUGCUGGUUAAAGGCGCUCCCGAGUCCGUCAUGGAGCGCUGCACCAAGGUUCUCCUCCCCACCGGUCCUGCCCCCUUCACCCCUGCCCUUCGCCAGCUCCUUGCCGACCGUCAGCUUGAGUACGGCCGCAAGGGUCUCCGUACCCUCGCUCUCGCAUACGUUGACGAGUCGGACGACAACGUUUCGCACUACAAGUCUGAGAGCUCGGCCGACUACGUUCGUUUCGAGCAGGAUAUGACCUUUGUCGGUCUCGUCGGCAUGCUCGACCCUCCUCGUCCUGAGGUGCGCGACGCCAUUGCCAAGUGCCGUACCGCUGGUAUCAGGACCAUUGUGAUUACCGGUGACAACAAGAACACUGCCGAGACCAUCUGCCGCGACAUUGGCGUGUUUGGUGACGACGAGGACCUCACCGGCAAAUCGUACACUGGUCGUGAAUUUGACGCGCUCUCAAACGAGGACAAGGUCGCCGCCGUCCAGCGUGCCAGCCUCUUUUCCCGUACGGAGCCUAGCCACAAGGCUCUCCUUGUCGACCUCCUGCAGGGUCUUGGUCUCGUGGUUGCCAUGACUGGUGACGGUGUGAACGACGCUCCGGCCCUUAAGAAGGCCGACAUUGGUAUCGCUAUGGGCUCGGGCACUGACGUUGCCAAGCUCGCCGCGGACAUGGUGCUUGCCACCGACAACUUUGCCACCAUUGAGUCUGCCGUCGAGGAAGGCCGUGUCAUUUACAACAACACCAAGCAGUUUAUCCGUUACCUGAUCUCGUCCAACAUUGGCGAGGUGGUUUCCAUCUUCCUCACUGUUCUGCUCGGCAUGCCCGAGGCCCUCAUCCCCGUGCAGCUCCUGUGGGUCAACCUCAUCACCGACGGCCUCCCGGCCACGGCCCUGGGCUUCAACCCCCCCGACCACCAGAUCAUGCGCACGCGCCCCCGUAACGCCAACGAGCCGCUCGUCGGCCGCUGGCUGUUUAUCCGCUACAUGAUUAUCGGCCUGUAUGUCGGCGCCGCCACCGUGUUUGGCUACGCUUGGUGGUUCAUGGACUACGAGGGUGGUCCCCAGAUCUCGUUCUACGAGCUCACCCACUUCCACCAGUGCUCCCCCUCCGCCUUCCCCAACCUCGACUGCGGCAUCUUCACUGGAGACAGUGCCAAGCGCGCCACGACCGUGUCGCUGUCUAUCCUCGUUGUUAUCGAAAUGUUCAACGCGUGCAACUCGCUUUCCGAGGAUGAGUCCCUCCUCGCCCUCCCGCUCUGGACCAACCCGUACCUCGUUGCCGCCAUUGCGCUUUCCAUGGCCCUCCACUUCAUGAUCCUCUACGUCCCCUUCUUCAACGAGCUUUUCCAGAUCCUCCCUCUCAACUGGCAGGAGUGGCAGGCCGUGCUCUGGAUCUCGGCUCCUGUGGUGGUCAUUGACGAGGUGCUCAAGUUUAUCAGUAUCAAGUUUAUCAACCGCCCGGAAGAGUCGUAA